CCAUGAUUUGCCCUAGAAAAGGUUACAAAUGUUACCAAAAAAAAAAGUACGUACCUUUAUUCAUUGAAAGUUCUUGUUUCCUUUUCCCACGUUGUUUAUGAGUGGAGAUGACAAGAAAGAUGAAACUGUCCCCCCAAGAAAAUGGAAAUAAACUAUAAUUAACAAAAGUAAGCAAAAUAAAGCAAUACAUUAAAUUAAACAAAUCCCCAUAAAAAGAAAUACCAUAAAAAUAUCGAAAACGAAGCUGCCUAUGAUCUCCACCCACAUAACCUCACCAGUUUACCAACUAUAUCUAUCUUUUUCCGUCAUCUUCCAACUAUAUAUCUAACCUACCAAGCUACCACAUCAUUUUGUAUAACUUAUAACCUUCGACUUUGGUUCGUAUAACAGCAUUUUGAGUUGCAUAGUUUUUCAUCAUCUUUGCAAUUUCCCUAUCUUUUUUAUCUUCUAAAGCUUUGGCUUUUUACUCAUACUAUUUGAAACUAUGGGAGAAGAGAAAACAAACGAUGUUAAGUCAUCACACACUUCUUUGCUGGCCUUAGUAGCUGCAGAAACUCCCAAAGAAGCCUCUCCUAAUGAAGGCAAAAAUCCGAAACAAGAUUCUUCUGAGAAAGCCCUUGUUCCAUUUGAGAAACAGCCUCCUCCUCCGGUUGCAGAAAAGGCUGCUGCAAAUCAUACCGGAGAUGAAAAGAAGAAGAUGGAUUCCAAUGACAGAGAUGCUGCUCUGGCAAAGGUUGAGUUGGAGAAAAGAUGGGCGUUGAUUAAAGCUUGGGAAGAAAAUGAAAAAUCCAAAGCAGAUAACAAGGCUUAUAAGAAGUUAUCUGCCGUUGGAGCCUGGGAAAACACCAAGAAAGCAUCAGUAGAUGCCCAACUCAAGAAGAUUGAGGAAGAAUUUGAGAGAAAGAAAGCCAAAUAUGCGGAAAAGAUGAAGAACAAGAAGGCGGAGAUUCACCGGGCCGCUGAGGAAAAGAGGGCCAGCGUUGAAGCAGAAAGAGCAGAGGAAGUUCUCAAGAUUGAUGAAGCUGCGGCCAAAUUCAAGGCCACUGGCACCAUCCCUAAGAAAUUAUUUGGGUGUUUCAGUUGAUGAUGACGAUUGAGAGAGAUGAAUUUGACCGUCUUCAAUUAAAUUUGCACCUUCAAUUGUAAUUAUGUUUUUGUGUAGUUAUUUACUUUAUCAGUAAAUAAGUUGUGUGCUAAGCGUGGCAUAAUUGUAUUGAUGAUUGGUCCGGACUAUAUUAUUACCAGUCUAUAUAUAUCAUUUUAACCAUGCAUCAAGCUUCUGAAUAUGCCCAUGAAGAAAC